UUGCCAGCUAGCUGCCCAGCCCCCACUUAAUUAUUGAUCAUUUCUCUGGCAUUGGACAGAAAAGAUAAGAAAUGAGCCCUGCUUUCCUCCAGGCUUUUUAAACUUCCCCAGGCUCUGGUGUCUGCUUCCAAGGCUCAUCCUAAGUGUCAUUUGGGAGGGGAGGAAAGGAGAGAGAAAAAAAAAGUGUCAGGACUGCAGGCAAUUUUUGCUACUCUGAUUCUAAAUUAGCAACAUGUGAAUGAGAUGUGGCUAGCAUUAAUUAUGUCUGAAUUAGGAGGCUGAUCAAUUUGGGUGACUAAGGGUAUUUCGGUCACUUUUUACGUUCCUCCGCUUUAUCUCCCAGGCCAUACCUUUGCCUUCAACUCCUGACAGAUUACAAGAAGGAAGCCAUGGUUUCAGGGUAGGAAGAAGCUGGAGAAAAGACAAGACCUGUGGCAAAUUUAAUUUCUCCCCAUUUCUUACCCUGAGUCAGGGGAGCAAGGGGGUUGAAGGGAGAUGUUUUCCAGAGGCAAGGGUUUGUGGCUUUUUAUUGUUCACUGUCCACAGUGUUAAUUAAAUGUCUGUCCCUGCUGAACUUGAUGCUUAGUGCGAUAGAGAGCAGGUUAAACAGGUCCAGGGUUCGCAUCUAAAAUGACCUAGAAAGGAACAGGCAGAAAGAACCAAGGCACAGGCAGGUUGAAUGUACCUGGAACAUUUUUUACGUAAAUCGACCAUCUGCAUUUCUGUAUUCCGUAUAAAUAGUGGGCCAAAGAGUAUCUCUGGGUUUAGGCCGUUUUGGGAGGAGAAGUUGCUGUCUCAACUCCAGCUGUCCAGGAAAGCUCACUGAAGAAUUCGUACGGGGCAGUGGUCCCUGUGGUCCUAAUGUGAACUCAUGUAUCAGUACCGACCUCUGACUCAGGUCCCUACAGGCCUCCAUUUCCCCUCUCCAGCCUACAGGAAGCCCCUCCCAAUACCUUUUUUUGUUGUGGUUUGAGAUUGUGUAAGGCUCAAUAGCGUCCUUUGACACGAAGGACUUCUCCUCACCAGCGUUUUGUCUUCAGCGGCGUGAUAUUGACUCUGCACUUCUACUCAUCACUCCCAGCUCUAUGCGACUGUGCAUUGCUUCGUCCUUGAGUUGAGGCAGAGAGAAGGCAGCCCUAAGGGUACAAGCAGCCUGUGUGUGCUCAGGAUGGGAAGCUGACUCCACCCAGUGUCUUCAAUCCCACUAGAAUCAUCCGUCCCAAGCCUGAAGGCCCCGUACACUCAUUGGCCCCAUCUGGUCACAGCAGGUUAGAGGUGAAAAGAGCUCAAGCCUGAGGCUGCCCUUCUGUUUACCCAAGCUGACAAAGACACAGACUCCACAUCGCCAGGAGCGACUGCAGACACUGUCCAGCCGUGCACACUGCAACCCUUUUCCAAGCCUUUUCCGGGUCUGUUUGCUUUCCAGCCCAAUGAUUUCCUCCUUAUUGGAUCAGUCUCCCUUUUGCGUACGAAGUUUGGAUUAGGCAACUGCCUGAGGACCGUCAAGUCCUUUGGUGCCCGUCAGUCGAUCCCUCCUGACCAUGGAAGGCCAUCAACCUGAGCGUCCAGCCUCUGAUAAGACCAGGUCUGCACAAGCAGUCAGCUCUGAAAACCACGAGGUCCUGUCAGAGCCAGAUGAGCACCCUCAGGAUAAAGAUGCUGGAGAUGCCGAUGGGGCGGCCCCCGGAGAACAGGAACCAGCCCACCAAGCCUCACUGCCAGCCCAGGGCCAGGAUGAACUUGAGUCCCUUCCUCCCGACGCUAGCUCAAGCCAGCCAGGGCCGGCCCACGAGACACAGCCCGAGGUAGAGACAGCGGGGGCAUGUUCCAGGCCCCAGGAGCUUCCCCAGUCCCCCAGGGCCCGACCGCCUGAGCUGGAUUUCUACUGUGUAAAGUGGAUCCCCUGGAAGGGGGAACGGACACCCAUCAUCAUGCAGAAUGCUAACGGCCCCUGCCCCCUCCUCGCCAUCAUGAAUAUCCUCUUUCUUCAGUGGAAGGUCAAGCUGCCCCUUCAGAAGGAAGUGAUCACCUCAGACGAGCUCAUGGCCCACCUUGGAGACUGCCUCCUGUCCAUCAAGCCCCAGGAGAAGUCAGAGGGACUGCAGCUUAAUUUUCAGCAGAAUGUGGAUGAUGCAAUGACAGUGCUGCCCAAACUGGCCACAGGCCUGGACGUCAACGUGAGAUUCACGGGCGUCUCGGAUUUUGAGUAUACACCUGAGUGCAGCAUCUUCGACCUACUGGGCAUACCUCUGUACCACGGCUGGCUUGUGGACCCGCAGAGUCCUGAGGCUGCGAGUGCAGUGGGGAAACUGAGUUACAACCAGCUGGUAGAGAAGAUCAUCACUUGCAAGCACUCGAGUGACACCAACCUCGUUACGGAAGGCCUGAUCGCCGAGCAGUUCCUGGAGACCACUGCGGCACAGCUGACCUACCACGGACUGUGUGAGCUGACGGCCGCUGCCAAGGAGGGUGAACUUAGCGUCUUUUUCCGAAACAACCACUUCAGCACUAUGACUAAGCACAAGAGUCACUUGUACCUACUGGUCACCGACCAGGGCUUUCUACAGGAGGAGCAGGUGGUGUGGGAGAGCCUGCACAAUGUGGAUGGCGACAGCUGCUUCUGUGACUCUGACUUUCACCUCAGUCAUUCCCUGGACAAGGGGUCUGGAGCGGAAGGUGGGACUGGCUCCCCAGAAAAGCAGCGGCAGGUAGACCAGGACUACCUGAUCGCCUUGUCCCUACAGCAGCCACAAGGCACGGCGGGUCUUAGCGACCUGGAGCUGGCCGAGCAGCUGCAGCAUGAGGAGUACCAACAGCAGCAAGGGGUCCAGCCUGGGCCCGCCCGGGCCCCACCGCCGCAGGGGAGAGGAGCCCCAUCCAGACGCCCAGCCCGGGAGCGUCGGCAGAGGCCAAAGCAAGAGUCCGACUGUGUCCUCCUGUAGCCCUGCCCGGUGUCAGGCUGCCCGGCCUCCUCUUCCAGAGGCCCUGGCUAGUUUGCUUGCGCCCCCAGGUCAAGCCCCGAGAUACGCAGGGUACCUUAUUUAUGGACUGGUGGGGAUCAGAGCAAACAGUCAAUGCUGAGGUCAGACUAGGUGACACCCUUGCCCUCACGCGUGCUGUGGCCUUCUCUUUCUGCCAAUCACCCAGGGCAACAGUCGGGCUAGUGAGGUGAGGAUGUCUGAUGCCCAGCUCCCUGUCCCUAGAAUAUCACACUACUACACAGACUCAGGCUCAGGGUGAGGUCCCCGUCUAGAAUGCACCUCCCCUACCUCCCACCCCUGACCGGCUGGGUCCUCCCGCCUACCUUGCAGGCCCCAUCUCCCUUUGUUUAGGGGUUUGAUUUGGGUUUCUAUCUCCAUUAUUUGUAAUGCCUUCCUAGGGGUUUGGAAAUAAAACUUGUUUCCUGAG